UUUGCAUUGUUAUAGGCUUAGGCGUGGUUUGCUUUGGGUGGGGCUAGCUGCUAAGUAAUUACCCAAAAAAUGAAAACAUCAUCGAAGAGAAGAUCUCUUUUGUCUUCCACAGCAAUGACUGGCUCUCUCUUUCUCUCUCUCCUUCUCCUCUUGUCCUCUCUCUCUCCAGUAGCUCCUACUCCAGUCAGAUCCAGUCUCUCAAUAUCAUUUGAACAUCAUGAUAACGAUGAGCUAGAACAGUUCCUUAAAGACGCGCACAGCUCGUACCCCUCCCUCACUCGCCUCUAUAACAUUGGAUACAGCGAGAAAGGAGUAGCUCUCUACGUCCUAGAAAUAACAGAUAAUCCCGGGGUUCACGAACCAGGAGAGCCUGAGUUCAAAUACAUUGGGAACAUGCAUGGGAAUGAAGUAACAGGCCGAGAAACCCUCCUCUACCUAAUCCAGUAUCUGUUAAAUAAUUACGGGCUUGACGAUGAAAUUACAAGUCUUAUUAAUGAGACUCGUAUUCAUAUCCUACCCACUCUUAAUCCUGAUGGGUACUCUAAGGCUCGUGAAGGUACCUACAGUGGUGUUAAAGGUCGUUAUAAUGCGAAUGGGGUCGACAUCAAUCGGAAUUUCCCUGAUCGUUUCCAUGACAAUCAAAUCGACCGUACCUCAGAGACGAAGGCCAUCAUGCGCUGGUUGGAGGAGUACCCGUUUGUUCUCUCGGCUAAUUUCCACAAUGGUGCCCUGGUUGCUAACUAUCCUUAUGACAACAGUAGGAGUGGUUCCUCUGUCAGCACUCCCUCGCCUGAUAAUGAUAUCUUCAGACAGAUUAGUCUAGCUUAUUCAAAAGCUCAUUCAACCAUGUAUCUAGGCGAGCCCUGCCCUGGAGAUAAUUAUGGUUUUACUGAUGGUAUUACUAAUGGGGCAGCCUGGUACAGUGUUAAAGGAGGGAUGCAAGAUUAUAAUUACGUGACUUCAAAUUGUUUUGAGAUAACGAUAGAGCAAGGUUGUUAUAAGUAUCCUUAUGCGUCGGCUCUCUCUGGUAUUUGGGAUGAUAAUAAAAGCGCAAUGUUGUCCUUUAUGAAACAGGUCCAUGUAGGGGUGAAGGGUUUCGUGACUGAUACCGACUGUAACCCAAUAGCUAAUGCUAGUAUAGCAGUGAGUGGGCGGGAUCAUAAUAUAACGACCGCCUGUGAUGGAGAUUACUGGAGAUUACUAGUUCCAGGAAAUUAUAAGUUAACAGUGACAGCAGAUGGAUAUGUACCAGUCACUAAAGAAGUGACUGUAUUUAGUAAUAGUCCAGCAACUGUUAUUAAUUUCACGUUGUCAUCGUUGGAAGCCACACCCACUCAGACCAGCAGUUCCUAUUAUUUUGAGUUGAUUUCGUCCUCAGAAACAUUAACAUCAUCUCAAAUGUCAUCAAUUCAAGCCACGCCCAGUCUAAAGGAUACGCCUACUCACUUAACGAGCUCACCCUCCCCAUCGUCCACCAAAAGGAACACGUGUACAUACAUACCACACGCCACUAACUGUGGCACCUGGGAAAAUACUCUACCCUAUGGAUCAAGCAGACAUCUUAUUGCUUCAAUCAUAGCUACAGUCGUUGCUGUUAUACUAGCUGUUGUCAUAGUAAUGGUUGUCAUAGCGAUGGGAGUAUCUGCCUACAAGAGGAAGUGUCGCUGUAAAGGAUUCAUUCAAGUUCCUGUUGAUGACAAUGGGAUGGAGAAGGGGGCGGAGUCUGUUGGACUACAUAAAGUGGUUAGACUCGGGACUGAUUCCGGUAAUGAGUCGUCAGAAAUGGAACACGAGGACACACAAUUAUUUGCAAUUAAUAAAGCUUAAGUAAUUAUUUUAA